AGAUAGUUUUUUUUUCGCGCUUAGUCCUCUUAGUAGACUUUCUAGAAGCGGUAGUGUUCUAAACGUUCGAAGUAAAGUGCGGUAGUUUUGUUUGCAAAUAAAAAAAGGCGUUAAUUUCUUGCGAUUUUAAAUUUCAAUUUGAAAUUUUCAAUAACUGAGCAAUAUGAUUUAAAUGCUAUGAAAAAACGAAAAUGGAAAUAUUUUAUCAAAAAUCUUUAUGGAAAAUAAUACGUUUAUUAAUCAUUUUAUUUAUAUUCUAUAGUCAUUUAAUAGAGGCUGGUUGGAGUUCUCAAUGUUGGAAAAAACAUAAUUCCGGUUCAAUACAAACGCCCGAUGGUGAAUUUCGACGCCCAUUUGGUAUUUUAUGUACAUAUCAGUGUUUUUUGUGGUUUCAGCCAGUCUUCCCCUACUGUGAAUUCAUAUUUGAUUUAAGAAUGUCUCGUCACUUUACUACUUUACCCGAUUGCUAUGAAAUCCAUUGCAAUGAAACCUUUACAUUUUUCAGCGAUCCCAAGUGAAAAUAAUCAUUUCUUUUUUCUCUAUGUUUAAUACUCAAACUAAAGCAAAACCAACAUGCAUAUAAUCGACAUAUAAAUUUUAGUGUUUAAAUUAAAUAAACAAAUAAAUAUUAAAUAAAAUUUAA